AUGAAGUCAUACAUAUGUAUUAUUAUGCAAUUCUUAACUGUACUUAAAGUGGCAAAAAGUAUAAAAAAGGUAAAAUUGCUUUUAUACAUUAAUUUGAUGAAAUAUAACAUCGGAAAAGACAUUUACUACAGUACGUUAUGUGUCUCCUUUAUGGCUUAUACACAAAAAAUAACAUAUACAAUUGCCCAAAAUAAUUUAAAAUUACACUCUGUCAAAUAA